CAAACGCCAGCAGCGAGGAAAUAUCAGAACUGCAGCACUUUUCCUUCUCUCUCCCUCUGUCUGUCUCUCCCUCCUUGUGAAUCUUAUCCGUCCCCUCUCGUGGUGAUCUCAGCACUGAGUCAUACCGUGAGUUGGAGGAAACAAUGAUGGACUCCUGAGCCUAGCAUCAAACCCAGCGCGGGGAGAGAGGUCAGAGGAUUGAACAGAGGAAAGGCUUCGAGCUUUUCAGCGAGAGCUUACAGCGCUCACACAUAAAACACCAAAACCAAGGAGUCUGCUAUGGCCGGAGUUCUGUGCAAAACUUUGUACGCGUUUACCGGUGACCAACAUCAGCAAGGGCUGAAGUUCGAGGCUGGGGAGAUCAUCAAGGUUUUACAGGUGCUGAACGGCGGAUGGUGGGAAGGAGAGAAGGAUGGGACCAGGGGUUGGUUCCCUGCAAGUUAUGUGGAAAUUCUAGAGAAACCUACGUCAGUAAGUCCACAGACAAUUGAGGAAAUGGCUUAUGCUCCUCUGCCGCAGGGCUGGCAGUGUUACAUGUCUCCUCAGGGUCGGAAGUACUAUGUCAAUACUUACACAAAUGAGACAACCUGGGAAAGGCCAACGAGUGCUCCAGGAACACCAAAGAGUCCAAUAUCACAGAUGAAUUCCCUGCCUACAGUGAAUGGCUUUCACUCGUCAGGGAGUCUGUCACACCAUUCGGAGACCUCGCACAUGGCUUUGAGAAAGACUAGCAGUGAUCCACAGAGUCCAGGCGUUGGGUCACCCACCCGAAGACAGAAUAAAGAAAGCACCAUUACGAUAAAUUGCGUCACAUUCCCACAUCCAGACACAAUGCCUGAACAGCAGCUGCUCAAACGAGAUGAUUGGAGCUACUGUGACUAUUUCUGGGCAGACAAAAAGGACUCCCAGAGCAAUAGCACAAUUGCUGGAUUUGAUAUUAUCCUUGUGAAACAGCUCAAGGGCAAACAAAUGCAGAAAGAAAUGGCCGAAUUUAUUCGGGAAAGGAUUAAAAUUGAAGAGGACUAUGCCAAAAACCUAGCAAAGCUCUCCCAGAGUCCACUGGCAGGUCUAGAGGAAGGCACCUUGGGAGAGUCUUGGACACAAGUGAAGAAAAGUUUGGCAGAUGAGGCUGAGGUUCAUCUGAAAUUUUCGUCAAAGCUGCAGAGUGAAGUGGAGAAACCUCUGUUGUCAUUUCGAGAGAACUUCAAGAAGGAUAUGAAGAAGUUUGACCAUCAUAUAUCUGACCUGCGCAAACAACUUAGUGCUCGUUAUGCAGCAGUGGAGAAGGCUCGAAAAGCUUUGGCGGAGAGGCAAAAGGAUCUGGAAUUCAAAACUCAACAACUGGAGAAUAAAUCCACUUACAAAACAGAGGAAGAUAUCAAGAAAGCCAGGCGGAAAUCAACACAAGCAGGUGAUGACCUGACCCGCUGUGUAGAUCUCUACAAUCAAACCCAAUCAAAAUGGUUUGAGGAGAUGGUCACAACAACUCUGGAGCUCGAGAGGCUGGAGGUUGAAAGGAUUGAAAUGAUUCGGCAGCACCUCUGUCAGUACACACAGCUUCGCCAUGAGACUGACAUGUUCAACCAAAGUACCAUUGAACCAGUGGACAAGCUACUUCGGAAGGUCGACCCCAACAGUGAUCGAGAAUUAUGGGUAAAAGAGCACAAGACGGGCCACAUCCGGCCUGUGGACAUGGAAUUAUAAGAGAACGAGCCCAUAGAGGGCUAUAGUUACAUUUCCCCCUCACAGGCAUUGACUGAGCAGUUAGAUUUUGCUGGUCUUCAAAUGAAUGGAUUGAGUCGAGGAUACGAAGUGCAAUGGAAGUUACAAGUACAAGCUCAUAACCCAGUGCCUUUUGUCUUCAUGGAACAAAAAAAAAAGUUUAAAUAUUUAGCCAUCUGUGUCAACUUUAAUAAGCAGUUUGUUUUCUUUGUGCUAAUAGGAGUUUUCUUGCAAAUCAAACUGCCUAUUCACCAGCAAUGGUGGAAAAGCUUUCUUUUGCAUGCUAAGCAUGUAUAUAUACACAAGAGUGCUUUGCUGUUGGUGAUUCCACCUUCUCCGUCCCCCACACUCCUUACAUUCCAACAUAUAGUGCAAUGUGGUUGUUCUUUGAUCAAAAUGGGAACUUUCACUUGAAAACCAGUUUAACUUUGGUUAGAGUUCCAAUCUUUUAUUUCUCCUGAAUUUCACCUCACCAUACAAGUUAGCCAGAGACCGUGCUUAGUAGCUGACCACAUUAAGGGUAGUCACAGACUAAUCUGAGUACAAAGGAUGCAGGGAGGUUGUAAUAACUUGCAAAAUUGAUGAUCUAGUACAUUUUAAUGAAAGGCUAUGAAGUUUGGUGAGUGUGUGCAGUGCGUCAUGAACUAGUUAUUGCUCCUUGGAAAAUUGUGAAUAUAAAAAAAAAUCACCAAAUGUUCAAAGAGAUUGGAAUUCUGUGCAUGAGUUUUAAUUCUGAUUUGAGUGAGUUCAAGUCAGGCCUUCUAGUUCCAGAUCUCUCUGAAGUCCAUUUUUACAGGGACCCUGGCUGAGGUAAAAGCUCCAAAUUGAAUUCACAAUGGCAGGACUCUGACAGGUCGAGUACUGAAGGUUCAAAUUAAUCUACUGCAGAAAGAUAACUUGCAUUCCCUACUGCCUUGGUUGGAGUUUGUUACCACAGUGAUUGCUCCUUUUUACUCUGUGGAUGAUUGGAUAGUUUAUCACACGCUUUCUGUAGCUCUUUCCAAAUCAUUUCACCUUACACUUGAGAAAAGUGUACAACCUGGGAAAUGCCACAGAGGGGUCUUUCAUUUACACUCAAUUCACUUCUCUUGAACAAUCUUCCAGUCAGACUUGUUCAGUUUCUCUGUGGGUAACAAUAUCUCAAAUAAGUAACGUUCACUAAUCAAUGUUUUGAGGAAAAUUUCUGCUGCAACUAUCUUUGGUUAGUACAAUUUUAAUUAUCUGGUGGCUUUCUCACCCUUUGCCUGAGAAGGGAUGUGUUGAUAGAAGAGUUUAGAGCAUGGAGAUGUUCCUUUGUCCUUUGGAAACGUAGAUUACACUAACAAAGGUGUACUCCGGCUUCCAAAGGAUAGAGCAGAUUUCCAGAAGGAAAUGUUACAUUGCGCUGCUUCCAAACUUGCUGAUGCCAAUCAGUUAAAGUAGCAGGCUGGUAGACAGGUGAGUGUAUUCCGAGUGCCCUCGUUCAAUGAGUAUGCAACUUUGUACCCAUUAUUGUUUGUUGGCUUCUGAGGACACAGCACUGCUGCUAUUCUGUGCUUUUCUUUAAAUAAUGAAAACAUCAUUUAAAAAUAAUACACAAUUAACAGUUUACAGGAAAAUUUACUUUGGAGCAUUUUGUCAAUGUAUAUUGGGGGUUGGUAUUAACAUUCACAACUUUAAUAAACAGAAUUGCUAUUUGCAUAGCUUUACCCUUUGGGUUUCAUGAUCCAGUGGUAUUGUUACUGUGGCACAGAUAUUCUGUAUAUAAUUGAAAUUCUACGAGGUACUGUAUAACAGGGGUUUCAUAGUUUUCCAUAAAACAGCAAUCAUUGACGAUGAGGCUUACGAUCCAAGAAGUUUUCAUGUGUAAGUACCCCAAAAUGAAUUUGACCAAGCUGUAUUUACAGCAAUAUAAUGGUUCCUAUUUAACACUGUGUAUGUUGCUUUGAAUAUUGUGCAAGUUGUGAUACAUGUUCUAUCUAGUUAAAUUGAUAGUUAUUAAAACAUUCACAUCAUAAAAGCAACUUUUUUCAUUGAAAGGCUAUAGCUGCUAAAACCUGAAUGUUUUCCAUAUAAUAAAUGACAUCUUGUUGAAACAUU